AUGUGGACCAAGAAGUCGAAGGGGUGGCCAUGGGGCAUGCGCCUAAUCAGGGAUGAAUCGGGGGGAUCAAGUGGGAGAGCCGGAAGCCUAGUGGAUCCGCAACCAGAGGCAACUUCCGAGACUCUCCCGGUGCGAGUGGGUACCUAUGCGCCGUGCCCAGACUAA